AUGGCGCCGCCGAAGUCCGCUCACGAAUUUGUCGACUUCGUCAAUGCCUCGCCGACUCCGUAUCACGCCGUUGCCUCCGCCGUCGAGAGGCUCGAAGCAGCAGGCUUCAAGAACAUCAAGGAGCGCGACAGCUGGUCCUCUGCCCUCCGGCCCGGCGGCAAGUACUACCUGACCCGGAAUGGCUCGUCCAUUGUCGCUUUCGCGAUCGGCGCCAAGUGGAAGCCCGGCAACCCUAUCGCCAUGGUCGGCGCCCAUACCGACUCACCCUGUCUCCGCCUCAAGCCCGUGAGCAAGAAGACCAAUGCCGGAUUCCUGCAGGUUGGCGUUGAGACGUAUGGCGGUGGUAUUUGGCACAGUUGGUUUGAUAGAGAUCUCAGCAUUGCUGGUCGCGUGCUCGUCAAGGAUUCCAAGGGCGACUUUACACAAAAGCUUAUCAAAGUCGAUAAGCCGAUACUACGGAUCCCGACCCUCGCUAUCCACUUGGACCGGUCCCCUGAGUUCAAUCCGAACAAGGAGACCGAGCUCUUCCCCAUUGCUGGCCUGGUUGCCGCUGAGCUCAACCGGACCGGGAAGGAGGAAGCAGCCAAGGAUGAAGAUGCGGACUCCGAGGAUUUCAAGCCAUUGAAGGCCAUGGCCGAACGCCACCAUCCAUAUCUGCUAGACAUCAUCGCCGAACAUGUCGGUGUCGAGACGGAGCAUGUCGUCGACUUCGAGCUCGUUCUCUACGACACCCAGAAAUCUUGCCUCGGAGGCCUCAAUGACGAGUUCAUCUUCUCCGCCAGACUCGACAACCUGGGCAUGACCUACUGCAGCAUCAUGGGUCUCAUUGAGUCUGUCAAGUCAACCAAUCUGGAUGAUGAGACAUCCAUCAGACUAAUUACCUGCUUCGACCAUGAGGAGAUCGGCUCCACCUCCGCCCACGGCGCAAACUCCAACCUCCUACCGGCCGUCAUUCGCCGCUUGUGUGUCCUCCCAGCCGGCGGUUUCCCGGGACCAGAGGACGCUUCAUCCGACAAGUCUUAUGACCAUGCCGAUGCAGACGCCGAGGUUGCCACCGCCUACGAGCAGACUUGCUCAUCGUCUUUCCUCGUCUCGGCUGAUAUGGCCCAUUCCGUGAACCCCAACUACUCCGGCAAGUACGAGUCCAACCACCAGCCCGAGAUGAACAAGGGCACCGUGCUCAAAAUCAACGCCAACCAGCGCUAUGCCACAAACUCACCGGGCAUCGUCCUACUGCAGGAGACGGCCAAGCUCGCCGGCGUCCCUCUGCAGCUGUUCGUCGUUCGAAACGAUUCGCCAUGCGGUAGCACUAUCGGACCGAUGCUGUCCGCGAAGAUGGGUGUUCGCACGUUGGAUCUCGGAAACCCCCAGCUCAGCAUGCAUAGCAUUCGGGAGACUGGUGGUUCGUAUGACGUUGAACACGGCAUCAAACUCUUCAGCUCCUUCUUGUCUCACUACUCGGCGCUGGAGAGCAAGAUCUUGGUCGACUAA